GCGGGCGGGCAGCGCGGGGCCGGCCGGCGCCCAGAGCGCGAGGCGGCAGCGGGCGAAGGUCGCGAGGCAGCGGGGCUCGGGGUUGAGGCGCGCCCGGCUGAGGAGAGGCGGAGCGGAAAGGCCGGCGGAGCGGAGCUUUGGAGAGCGGGGCGGAGGGGAGGAGCAGGGGCAGGCCGACAGGGGCCCCGACGCCUUCCAGGCCGCGCGGCGCGUGGCUUGGCGGGCGGUGAAGGCGCAGAGCGAGGGAGCGGCCCGGCGGAAAGGAGGGCAGCCGAGGGGCCGCGUCCCAGCAUGGCCUCGGGUGGCGGCGGAGGAGCGGGAGGAGGAGCCGGCGGCGGCGGCGGCGGCAAGAUCCGGACCCGGCGGUACCACCUGGGCACCGCGAAUCCUCCGUACCGCAGGAGCAGGCAGUCUAGUGCCUUUUUAAAAUCAGCCGUAAUAGGAAAGGUGAGCAGAUGCAGUCUGGAGAAGAACGCUGGUGACUUGCAAUUCAUGUGCUGUCCUGGGGGAUGGAGAUACGGAUUCGAAUCGUCUCCCUGUUUGUAUUUAGAACCAUCCACGAGUAGAUCAGCAUUGAACUGUUCAUCUGUAUUAACGAGGCCCUCUCUUCAUUGGGGCCAUUUGAACUGUAACGUGUCAGAUUCCACUGUGCCACCCUGUCAGCCCUCUACAUCUUCUUCACUUGGCAUUGGCAAUCCUGGACUGUCUCUAGUAAAAGAAAUAAAAGAUUCUACCUCUCAGCACGAUGAUGAUAACAUCUCAACAACUAGUGGCUUCUCCUGUAGAGCAUCUGAGAAAGAUACCGCAGUUUCAAAAAAUAAUUCAGCACCACUGCUCUGGUCCGCAGAAGCUGAAAGAUCUCAUUCCCUCACCCAACAUUCUGCGUCUAGUUCAAAGAAACCUGCAUUCAAUUUAUCUGCUUUUGGAGCUCUCUCUCCUACGCUUGGAAACACUUCUGUCUUUAAGACAAGCCAGCUUGGAGACUCUCCAUUUUACCCUGGAAAGACCACUUAUGGUGGAAGGGCUGCAGCUGCAAGGCAGACAAAAGUGCGAGCUGCUCCUUAUCAGACACCAGUAAGGCAAAUGAAAGCUAAACAAGCAAACGUGCAAUCCUAUGGUGUGACGAGUUCCACAGCACGGCGCAUCCUGCAGUCACUAGAGAAGAUGUCAAGUCCUCUGGCAGAUGCUAAAGAAUUCCAUCUUCUGUUUACCAGUCCACUGUCUUCUCCUGUGGACAGAAGCGUGCUGUGUAUCACGGGCUUCCAUUCCCCACGAAAACAGAUGGAAUCUCAGCAUCCACCUGUUCAAAGAGUGGUGACACCAAAGGCAAUCUCUCUGUCAGGAGUUCUGGCCCGUUAUGUCAAGCCAUCUCUGACUCCAUCUGCUGAUUCUAGCAAAAUUCAGAGAGUAGAUACAAAGCACAAAGAAAUGAAAGAGAAGAGUUUGCCUUUAGAACAGCGUGUAGAACCAUCUGAAAGUGCUAGCAAUUCGACCUACCCCAAAUUCAGUACUCCUGCAUCCAAUGGUCUGUCUUCAGGAGUAAGUGGUGUUGGCAAGAUGAGAAGGGUAAGAGGAGUGCACUACGUGUCAAAGUCUGGACAAGAACAGGAAGUGGAGGAACCGGUACUCCCAAAAAUAUCCCUACCCAUCAGUACUGCAUCUCUGGCUCCAUUCAACUUUAGUUUUCUGACUAGCAGUACUGUCUCAUCGUCACCAAGCACUGUUUCAACAUCAGUGAUGAACAAGGUACAACCAACAAGUAACGUUGGCAGUCCUGUGUUCAGAUUUUCAUCUCCAAUUGUGAAAUCUACUGAGGCAGAAGUGCUACCUCCAUUGUCUCAGACUGGGUUUACCUUUAGUGUUCCUGUUGUAAAAUCGGCAAAGCGUUCUGGAUCCAGCGAUACACCAGUGACAUCCUUACUUACCCGUGAUACCACCACUGUAAACAGCAUCAGCAAUAAAAAGGAAGAAGAAGAAGAAUAUGAUGGUCCCUUCAGACCUGCGAAGGUCUUAAAGGAAGGGAGUGUGUUAGACAUUCUUAGAAACCCUGGCUUUGCAUCUGUAAAAACACACUCCUCUGCAUCUGCACAGCCUGUCACAAGCACAGUGGUGUAUACAAGGCCUGCAAUAAGUAGUUUUUCUGCAGGUAAAGAGACCUCUAAACAAGCAUCGUCGUAUUGGCAGUCUGAUCCGUGUGACCCGUGUUUGCAGAACAAAGCUGCAGACAGCAAGUGUGUCACUUGUCAAGCUGCUAAAGUGUCAACAGCUGAGAGUACUAAACAGGCGACAAGCUCAAGUCCAAGUGGCUCCACUAAGGCAGCCACCCCUCCUGUAGGGGUGUUGGGCUUCGGAGACAAAUUCAAAGCAGCGCCUGGAACAUGGGAUUGUGAUACUUGUCUGGUCCAGAACAAACCUGAAGCUACCAAAUGUGUAGCAUGUGAGACACCAAAGCCUGGAAUGGGAGUGAUGCCUACUCUGGCAUUGCCAGUGACCACAGAGAGCUCGGUGACUGUGACAUCCUCCUCUAGCAGCACUGACACCACUGUCAGUCUGGGCUUUGGAGACAAGUUUAAGAAGCCAAGCUCUUGGGAAUGUGCAACCUGCUUAGUAUCAAAUAAGGCAGAAGACAGCAAAUGUGUAGCCUGUCAGUCUGAGAAACCAGGGAGUUCAGUGCCUGUGACCAGCAGCAGCAGCACGUCUGCAUUUGCUGCUCCUUCUGGAGAUCUCCUGGAUUUAGACAAAUUCAGAAGCCUGAAGGAAGCUGGAUUGUGAGGUCUGCUUGGUCAAAACAAAGCAGAGGCCACCAAGUGUGUAGCCUGUGAGAGUGCGAAGCCAGGCACCAAAGCAGAGUUCAAAGGUUUUGAUGCUCCUGCUGUGUCCACAAAUGCUCCAUUGCCAUCAUUUACAUUUGGUGUUCAGUCAUCAUCCUCUGAUUCUCAAACAUCGAGUGUCACAGGAAGUUUUAAAUUUGGAGAACAAGGGGGCUUCAAGUUUGGCACUGCAGCUGAAACUGCAUCUUCCAACUCUGCACCUGGGGGGUUCAAGUUUCCAAGCAGUUCAGGGAACUUUAAAUUUGGAGUUUCAUCCUCGGACUCUAAAACCAGAAGAGUAAAAAUGAAGAAAAGUAACAACUUUACCUUUGGCCUUCCAUCUACAAGUAGUCCAGCUCCUUUAACAUUUCAGUUUGGGACAGCAAGCAUGGGACAGCAGGAAAAGAAAGAGCAACAACCCAUACUGAGGGGUUUCAGUUUUGGUUCAAGUUCUACUUCCAUAACUACCAGUGAGAAUAAAACUGGAGUCGCUGGCUUCACUUUUGGAACUGUGGCAGAAAAUGAAGUUGCAUCAGCUUCUUUUGCAUUUAAGAAAUCAGAUGAGAAAAAGGACGAAACUCCUGCAUCAAAGAGAGGCUUCUCUUUUGGUAACGUGGAGUCGGCUCCUGCCUCGCAGUUUGUUUUGGGAAGGACAGAAGAGAAACAGGAUUCUGUCAGUUCUGCUCCUCCGUUACUGUUUGGGAAGAAAGUUGAGAAUGAAGAGUCAAAGGCACAACCUGUCUUUUCCGUUGGGCAGCCUGAACGUACCAAAGAAGAAAGCACAGCAAAACCUAUGUUCAACUUCAGCUUUGUUAAACUCGAGAAAGAAACUGAGCAGGCAAAGCACUUUUCAUUUGGGGCCCAAGCCAAUACUUCAGAUCAAGGAGCAGCAAAGCCAUCCUUCAGCUUCUUGAGCUCUAGUUCCUCCAGCGCAGCCGUACCUGCCACUUCAGCCAACAGCAGCAGCCUGUUUGGCAGCGUCACUUCUUCCUACCCUGCACCAGUUCCCACUCCCUUUGUGUUUGGGCAAGCCAGCAACACUGUGAGCAGCACCGCUUUUGAUUCUGCAGAAUCUACAGCAUCUCAGUCAUUUGGCUUCUCUCAAGAAAACAAACCCACCACCACAUCUUCCACCACUGGUGCAGCAGUUAAUCCAUUUGUCUUCGGUUCAGGAGCCAACAGUAGCAAUGCAGCAAGUUCUGGCUUUACCUUUGGAGCCACGGCCACAUCGAGUUCAACAGGGUCAUCCUCUACAUUUGUCUUUGGGUCUGGGUCUUCAGCGCCUGCUGCUGGACCAGCAUUUGGUGCCAGUCAGCUACCAGCAUUUGGCCAGAGCCAGGGCCCUGGCCAGCCAAAUGCUCCCAGCUUUGGAUCUUUGUCGACAUCACUGUUUUCAUCUGGCUCUCAGCCUGCGCCUCCUGCCUUCGGCUCUGUGACAAGCAGUACUGUGUUUGGACAGCAAUCGAGCCAACAGCCAGGUUUUGGCUCCGGCGCCUCCAAUGCUGGUCCCGUAUUCCAGUUUGGGAGUAGUACUUCUAAUUUCAACUUCACGAGUAACCCAGAAGUAUUUACUUUUGGUGCAAAUCCUCCUGCACCGGCAGCAUCGGUACAACCUUCCGGCUCUUCAGGAUUUUCAUUCAGCCAACCUGCAACGUUUACAGUGGGGACUAAUGGAAAAAAUAUUUUCUCUGCCUCCGGAUCUUCAGUUCCCGGUCGGAAGAUAAAGACUGCAAUUAGACGUAAAAAGUAAUCGGCAGAUUGGUAAAGCAACUUUCAAAGCAGCUGCUGCCCUGCAUUGUUCAGUUGUUGGGAUCGUACCUCGUGCUGGGUUAGCUGAAGUCAG